AUAAUAUCUAUACAACGCUCCCGAACACCUCUCCACAAUAUGCACUAAGAAGCUUCACAAUUAUCUGUGACCUUGUAUGAGUGCAUGAACAGCUUUCCUGAAAUAUCUAUUCAUCUUACAGUGAGUGCAGAACAUAAGCAUAUGCACGUAAAGUUUGCCAACAGACAAGUCACAAGGUCAGAGCAAUCAGUAAUCACCCUCGUAUGUCAAAAAAAAAAAAAAAAUCGACUGCAGUUUUAAAAAAUAAGAUAAGGAAUAGAAAAAAAUGUAAGACAAAAGAGCCCUCCCAUGACUGCCUCUCGCCCGGAGAAUAGUGAAUGAGCCGCCCACGCACACAUACCAUGAGCGUCGUCUGCUGUGUGAGAACUUAAUUGAUGGACAAAUAGCUGUUAAGAAAGUAUUGGGAUAAGUUUGAAUAGCAUUUAUUGACUCUGUAGAUAAAUACCUGGCAAGAGCUUUUGUAUUAUUUGGGUGUUUUUGUAAACAAGCAAAAUAAAAAGCCAUGUAGAGAGACACUGGCACGUGGCGAGGAACAGAUGUCUUCAUAAACACCUGCAUAACUUUAAGGGAAGGGAUUUAAGUACGAAUUUUACUAGUACAAAUAUGGAUAUAGGAGAGGUGCGAGUAGCGGAGGACCAGGACUUUGAGCGGCUGAAACAACUCUGUGACUGUCAUGAUGGCUGGUCUUUGGCCUACAACCAUCCUCCAACCAAAGUUUGGACCAGACCAACCAAAAAUUCAACUUUUCAAAUGAUCAAGGUUUGCACUGUGUACACUGAUAUUGAUGCAAAUGUGUUGUAUGAUGUCCUCCACGACCCACAUUAUCGCCAGAUGUGGGACAAACACAUGAUCAAGUCUGUUGAUGUAGGCUACCUGAACCCAAAUAAUGAUGUCUCAUACUAUGCAAUUGCUUGUCCAGCGCCACUCAAAAACAGAGACUUCGUCCUGCAAAGGUCCUGGCUUGACACUGGUCGUGAAUUGUAUGUCUUGAACCACUCUGUGUUCCACCACCAGUACCCCCCAAGGAAGGGCUUUGUUCGGGGCCUCUCACACCUCACUGGCUACCUGAUUCGCCCAUUACCUUCUGGUGGGUGUUCCUUCAGCUACGUAUCUCACUGCGACCCCAGAGGAAAGCUACCACCCUGGCUUGUCAACAAAUUAACUCAUGUGCUUGCUCCCAAGAUGGUGAAGACAUUACAUAAGGCGUGUAUGCAGUACCUGACCUGGAAACCGCGCAACAACCCAAACUACAAGCCAUGGAUUUACCCAGAGCAGAUCAGCAUACCUCGGAUAGCAUUUAGUCAGUGCACCAAGAGUCCUGCUGACGAUGUGGUGGAAAUGCUCGAUGAGUCGGACAUUGACGAGAAGGCGUUGGAGCAGUUGAACCACAGCCAUUUUUAACCUGCUAAUGUCCAUAGACUGGAAAGAAGACAAUGUGAUAUCUUUAUAAAGUGAAGAUUUGUUAGCAGAAAAUGAGGAUAUUUAUGAAAUCACCAUAAGAUGGUUUUCAGGUUUUAUAGCAUCAACCCACUGCUUCACAGAAGGCAGGCUUUGAGAUCAAGAAAUUUUAGCAUUUUAUGAUAAAGAGUCAGUCUCUCUCUUUCUCUUUCUCUUUUUCUUUCUCUCUUUCUUUCUUUCUCUCUUUCUUGCUCUCUUUUCUCUCUUUCUUUCC